GGAUAAACCAGAUUAACGGCUCUCCGCCUGCCAGGAGUCCACUCGCGGAAACAGGCAAUCGCUUGAAACAAACGCUGGAUGUGGCGCCAACUGUUCCAUCUUUUCUGAACAUCAUAGCCUCGAACAAAACAGGCUGUUUUGUUGUUAUUAUUAUUAUUUGGGCAGCAUUCAUGAAAUAACCUAAAAUUCAUCGGGUGUUAAAGAUGAUUUCGCCGUGGGACCGGUGGUACUCGACGAGCUGCUGCCUUUGCUGCCAUGUACGGACGGGCACCAUUAUUCUGGGAAUAUGGUAUAUGCUUAUAAACGCAGUGGUCCUACUCAUCCUGUUGUCAGCUCUCAAUGACCCAAUACAGUACCGCUACCACCUUACCAGCUCUGAGCUGGGAACUGACAUUGAUGUUAUGGACGAUGCAAAUAUCUGCAUAGCUACUGCAAUAUCCCUACUCAUGAUUCUUAUAUGUGGCAUGGCAACAUACGGUGCUUACAAGCAACAUGCUGCUUGGAUCAUUCCAUUCUUCUGCUACCAAAUCUUCGACUUUGCCCUUAACACACUGGUAGCCAUUAGCGUGGUGGUUUAUCCCAACACAGUGCAGGACUACCUCCAGCAGCUGCCAGGGACAUUCCCUUACAAAGAGGACAUCAUGUCCACCAACAAUAUGUGCCUAGUCUUUGCAGUCCUCCUCUUCAUUGGCUGCAUCCUUUCCUUCAAGGCCUAUCUGAUUGGCUGUGUGUGGAACUGCUACAGAUAUGUGAGUGGCAGGGGCACCACAGAAGUCCUGGUUUAUGUCACUACGAACGACACCACGGUUCUGCUGCCACCAUAUGAGGAGGCUGUCAACAUCCCACCGAAAGAGCCCCCUCCCCAGUACAUGGAGGCAUGAGAUACGCCCUCUAUGAUGGAUUUUAUACCCCAACACCUAAUUUCCCUCCAAACAUUAGGAUUCCAACGCUGGCUGCAGUAUGUCCAAAACAAGGCAAAACAGCAUCUUAGAUGCUGCUUUCAUCUUGGAUCCUUGCCAGCUUUAGAUUAGAUUAAGCUAACUGUGAGGCAGUAUUGCCAUUAACUCUGCCCCCUCUCACUCAUUCACCCACCAGUUGUUGUGACGUAUUGUCUUAUCUCCUGUGUCCUCCUCCAAUGACAGCAUCACCUCCAGCAGCCCUCCUUCUGGGCUGCUGUUGUUCCCUAGAAGCAUCUAAACUUUUGCACGCUCUGACCCAACUUAAUAUGCACUUUUCUUUUUAAUUAAAAGUGCACCUGUUUGGCCACCAACUGUUAACCCCCCAAUACUGUGAAUUACCCUUGUGGUCUUUAUCUAGAAACAAACUACCUGAAGAAGGAAGUAGAGCAUGGUAAAGAAAGCGGCAAUCAUCGGUAAUACAUGAGCACUUUUAUCAGGAUUGACUAAAUUUCUUCAUUGAAUGUAAUGUCUGGGUAUUUUUUGUAUGACUUUUUGUAUAACGAGGAAAAAUGUGAGAAGUGAGAGGCCGUCCUGUUGUGAUAGAAUAUCAUCUUGCUAAUGUCGCUCAUCUUGCUGGAAGGCAAAAAGACAGAGACUCCUUGACCAAUGAAAACUGUCUUCCGUUUGUAUGUUCCAGACUGUAAACCUGUAACUCAUCGACUGCCAGUUAAAAUCCCUCAUUCACCCAUUGAUUUUUGUCACGAUAUUCCAGUUUGCCUUCCUAUCUUUCUCAAGAUCUAAGAUAAUCAUGUGAUCCGUUGAAGCACUCAUCACAAACAUCAACUGCUUACACAUUUACACACUGCAGCUCCACAUCAAGAAAGGCAAUACACAACAAAAACAAAGUGUGUAAAUGUAUAAAAAUGUUGACGCCUUUAUUCCCAUCGAGCUGCAGCUGCAGUAGCAUUGACAGUGUUUUUGUGUUAAAUUUUUUUUUCUUUUUUCCUUUUUUUAAAAUGAGGAUCAUGAUGUAUAAUCGGAUCAUUUUAGUUGAGCUGACUUAGCUGGACUGAGGGCAUUUUCCCAUAAAGACUGCAUGACUGUAUGUUUUUAUAUGUGUGUGUGUGUUUGCCUGUAUGUGGCAUAUCAUGUAACUCUGGUCCUUUAUGUGUAGUUUUAUUUUUCAUAUGUUUUUUGUGCAGGUGACCCUUUUGAGGCAUUGAUUUAGCUCAGCAGAGAAGCACAAAAUCAAUUUGAAGUUUGUUAAACUGUGUAAAAAGCUUGUCCUACACUUUAGCUGUUUAGGCAGUCAGUGGAGCAUUGUGACAGAUAAUUAUGGGGCAAAGGGUAAAAGUACUUAAUCCAGCUAUUCUGUCAGUGUUAAGUCAGUUUCAUUCUAUCUUAAAGACUAUGCAAUAGUGCAUUUACCCACUCAUUAGUCCACACACACCAAUUCCAUUUACUAAUCCCGUAGUUGGUAACGUAGCCAUUUGUUGGCCCCAGCAUCAUUAUCCCUGUGAAUUAUGUCCACUGCUUCUUCAAAAUCCAACAAAGCUCAAAAAUUAAAAUGCACUUUAAAGUCGGCGUGAGCUCACUGAAAACUGAUGUGUAUGUUUUUGUGCACCUUUACUAUGUCAUACAGUAGCUAAGUGGCUCUAAUAUGAACAGCUACCCUUGCCUGAACCAUACAAGCUUCUAAAACAUGAUAUAAAUCAGCAUUUUUAAUUUUUGAAGGCUGCAGAACUGAUGGAUUUCUACUUGGUUAUAGAAUUUUAAAGGCUUGCCCAGUAUCUGGACUAGUGUAUGGCUGACGUUUCCUUUCAUUUACCAAGUCAAGACUGUUCUCUCUCUCUCUCUCUCUUUCCUGUUGUUGGAUCUCCAUGAGCUCAUAUUCAAUGCAGAAUAAUAAAAGGCUAAAUC